ACCAUUAACUCCUCUCUGUUGUGAGCCUUCCCACACUGGCCCCACCCCUGACUCCACCCCAAGGCAGGUGGGCUAGGAGGGGAUAAGUGUCCAUCUCAGCCUUCUAUGUGACGUGGCCUCUAUUCUACCUGGACACCUGGAGGCUCAGUCUGGAUUUCUCCCUCCCUGACUCAGGAACUGCUUAAUAUCCACAUCAAGGCCUAAUAGGGGACCUGAGGACACUGUCCUCAGGAUGCUUCGGGGAGAAUAGGAGCCAGAACCAGAGCCCCUGAGCCAUUUCUCCUGCAAUGAUGGGGUCCCCAGUGAGUCAUCUGCUGGCCAGCUUCUGUGUGUGGGUCGUCUUGGGCUGGGUAGAGGGCUCAGUCCCCAACCUGGGCCCUGCUGAGCAGGAGCAGAGCCAUUACCUGGCCCAGCUGUUUGGCCUGUACGGAGAGAAUGGGACAUUGACUGCAGGGGGCUUGGCGAGGCUUCUCCACAGCCUGGGGCUAGGCCGAGUUCAGGGGCUUCGCCUGGGACAGCAUGGGCCUCUGACUGGACGGGCUGCACCCCCAACUGCAGACAAUUCCACGCACAGGCUGCAGAACCCUGAGCUGAGUGUGGAUAUCUGGGCAGGGAUGCCUCUGGGUCCCUCAGGGUGGGGUGACCUGGAAGAGUCAAAGGCCCCUCACCUACCUCGUGGGCCAGCCCCCUCGGGCCUGGACCUCUUUCACAGGCUUCUGCUGCUGGACCACUCAUUGGCUGACCACCUGAAUGAGGAUUGUCUGAAUGGCUCCCAGCUAUUGGUCAAUUUUGGCCUGAGCCCUGCUGUUCCUCUGACCCCUCGUCAGUUUGCUCUGCUGUGUCCAGCCCUGCUUUAUCAGAUCGACAGCCGUGUCUGCAUAGGAGCUCCAGCCCCUGCACCCCCAGGGGAUCUACUAUCUGCCCUGCUUCAGAGUGCCCUGGCAGUCCUGUUGCUCAGCCUCCCUUCUCCCCUAUCCCUGCUGCUGCUGCGGCUCCUGGGACCUCGUCUACUGCGGCCCCUGCUGGGCUUCCUGGGGGCCCUGGCUGUGGGCACUCUUUGUGGGGAUGCACUCCUACACCUGCUGCCACAUGCACAAGAAGGGUGGCACACAGGACCUGGUGGACUACCAGAGGAGGACCUGGGCCCAGGGCUGUCUGUGCUCGGAGGCAUCUUCCUGCUCUUUGUGCUGGAGAACAUGCUGGGGCUUUUGCGUCACCGAGGGCUCAGGCCAGUGAGUUAUACUCUUCUCUUCCUUCUGCUGAGACCAGAGUCCCAGUCAAGAACUGGCCCAAAAAGCCAGAAGAGAUGCUGCAGGCGAAAACGAAGGGACUUCGAAACACGAAACCUGGACCCAGAGGAUGGCAGUGGGAUGGCCCUUCAGCCCCUACAGGCAGCUCGAGAGCCAGGGGCUCAGGGCCAGAGGGAGCAGAACCACCAGCACCCACCAGCCCCAGCCCCUCCUGGGCACCAAGGCCACAGUCAUGGGCACCAGGGAGGCACCGAUAUCACGUGGAUGGUCCUCCUGGGAGAUGGUCUACACAACCUCACUGAUGGGUUGGCCAUAGGUGCUGCCUUCUCUGAUGGCUUCUCCAGUGGCCUCAGUACCACCUUAGCAGUCUUCUGCCAUGAGCUGCCCCACGAACUGGGUGACUUUGCCAUGCUGCUCCAGUCAGGGCUGUCCUUUCGGCGGCUGCUGCUGCUGAGCCUUGUGUCUGGAGCCCUGGGACUGGGAGGCGCAGCCCUGGGGGUGGGGCUCAGCCGGGGCCCCGUCCCCCUCACUCCCUGGGUGUUUGGGGUCACUGCCGGGGUCUUCCUCUACGUGGCCCUUGUGGACAUGCUGCCAGCCCUGAUUCGUCCUCAGGAGCCCCUGCCUACGCUCCACGUGCUCCUGCAGGGGCUGGGGCUGCUGCUGGGGGGCAGCCUCAUGCUUGCCAUAGCCCUGCUGGAGGAGCGGCUACUGCCUGUGGCUGCUGAGGGCUGACUGAGGGCUGACAGGGCCAGUGGAAAGGGGUCGGGGUUGCCCUUCCUUCCCCCCAACCACAGGAAUGGAGGCGGGACACAGGGCCAGUAGGAGCAAUAGGAUUUUAAUAAACAGAACCCAUCCCAAAGCCAUGACUACGACAGUUGUACUUGCACCAAAACAGCAUAGAAAAUCAGGGUGUGGUGGGAGGACCCGAAGCCGGUUGGGGAGGAUGUGAAUAUGAGUAGGGGCCUGGCGGGUGCAGGGUCAUUAAUCUGCAGGGAGAGCAUUGUGCUUUAGCCCAGGGAGGGGAGGGGUGGGGCAAAUGCACCGAGGUCCCCACUUUUUCCUGCUGCCCUUCACACCCUGGGGAUGCAGGCAUCUGGGCACAUCUGCCCCUUAUUGCUGCCCACCAGCGUUAAACACCCCCGAUCCCAACACUAGCACCACAGGUGGUUCCGGGGCAGGGAGGCAGGAAUGGGAAAAUUGCUUAGAGAAAGAUUCCACUAGAAUCCAGUGAAUUGUGCUCAGUUCUCUUUACUUCCUACAACCGAGUACAUGGGUCACAGGGUGGAGGGUGCAACAGGACGUGGAACAUGCCCCUCCGUGCCCCCCAACACACACCUGCACACAGGAUGGUGGUGUCUGCAGCAUCACAGGUCAUGCAGGGCAUGGGGAAGGGGAGGUUCACGCACACAUAGAUGCCCACAGCGGGUACCAGACAGAGAACACCCCUGAAUAUACACAGCUGUACAUGGGGAACCCCCAGGUCCCCACCCCAACCCUCUCCCCUGUCUUGCUGUCCCCCGCAGGGGAACUAUAUUGCUUUGAGAGAGCCACCCUGGGGGCUGCUCUACCAGGCACCCCCCCCUCCCUCCCACCCCCAUUUUGGCACAUCUGCAAGACACACAGCAGCGAGAGUAGGCACCCUCCCUCCCAGGCUUCUGCGGCCUGGAGCUGGGGAAGGGGGUAGGAGACUUCAUCCUCCAUCCUCCCCUAACCCUUCCCAAACCCCUGCCAAACCCACUCCAGCCAGAACCCACCCCCACCCCAAACACACAUACAAAGCUGAGCUAUCCAGGAACACAAGGGGAACAAGGAGAUUGUCUGGGGAGGGAGUGGAGGCAGCGGGGGAAGAAGACUGGAAGCAGAGACCUCCCCCCUUGUGGGGGGAAGACUGGCACAACAGCUACUUUAGUGCAAUUGGAGAGGGUGCCCAGAGUGAGGGGUGGAGAAGGGAGGGAAGGUGCUCCCCAACUUCCCUGGGGGCAAUGUCAGGCUUCCAGAUUCCCCAGGGAAAGGGCCUAGCAGGAGCGGGCGAAGGCCAAGGUAGAUCCUCUGGUUACCCGCCAUCCUCUGCCCUCCCAAAUGCAGUGACAGUGUCCCCCUCACACGUAAGUGGGCAACAGCAGCCUUGGAGUCAGUACCUUCAAGUAAUUCAAAGAGCAGACCCUCCCCACCCCAGCUUCACCCCAUUUCUGGGAUUUGGUCGCUUCUCUAGGGGUUGGGUUGGGAGGAGGGAGCCCCCAAGGCAGACCCUUCCCUCUCUACCUUCCGCUUCCCAGACCACUGGGCUUGGUCCUCAAAGAUUCCUCACCUCCACCCUUGCCCAACCUGUGUCAAGGCUGCGGAAGGCUGGAGCCACCACAAUGAGAGGGGAAGGGACUGCUUUGUUCUUUAUCCCUCCUUACAAGGUAGGGUUCAAACUAGGCGGGAUGGGGGCCCAUACUGGUUUGCCCCAGGAGUAGGGUUUCUGGGCUAGGGUCUGUAAGGCUAUUUUCCUUUGCGGUGGGAAGGGGAGGUAGGGGAUGAACACUGGGUAUGGGAAGGGGCUGAGAAACGGCUGAGAGGGAAGGAGGAAGGGGCCUCCCCGCUGGAGCGGUCACUGGAGUCAUUUAGACAAAAACACUCAUGUGCGUAAGAUACACAGUGUGCGUACUCAGCCCCACCAGCCUGGCCCUAAUCCCACCUCUCAGGACCCCUUCCAAGACCCUGGAGGAGGUUUUGGGGGUAUAGCUGGAGAACCAUUCACUCGGGCCCCAUCCACCCCACCCCCAGCCUCUUCUCCUCUUCUAGGUCCAGGGAGUAAGAAGGUGCUCGGGUGGGCAGACAGUGGUGGAAACAGUAUUGAGUUUUCCUUUGGUUACAUAUUGAAGGCAAAGGUGAGCUGGACUUACAGUCAAAACGGAUAGGGGUGAGGAAGGAGGAGGGGCCAUGGCUGGGGUUGGAGAGGGAGGUAGGCCCUCCUCAGCCCCUCCACCCCAAGGAACACGUCUACGUGGGGUGGCAGUCCCUCAGUCUCGUCUCUCCCACCCCCCACAGCACCAAACAAAAGGAGAAGCCCCCUCCCCCAGGGGCUGCUCCCCACCCCAACCUGGGCUGUACAUUCAGUGGUUUUCAGCAGUCCUAUGGCUCAGGGGGCCACGGGGCAGGGGAGGUGGCCCAUCAGUCGCAGUGGACAGUGGCAGUGACCCGGGUCUGCUGGUCCAUCCUGGGACCCACAGUUUGUGCCGUUCGUUUUUCUGAAGGAUAGUACACGACCCUACCAGAGCCACCGCCCAACCAGAAACAGCUCCCCAAAAAUCAGAAACUAAAAACUGGCUCUUUCCAUCUCACCCUCUGAUUCACACAUCUGUUUCCCUGUCUCCUAUGUCGCCCUCGCUCUGUUUCCUUUGCUGGGACCUGGGGUUGCUCCCAGGGUCCUUGCUUAAAAUAGGCCUUUUCACAAAAGUGCUUAUUACUUGAAGCAAGUGCUUUAGAGCUGCGGUGGGGAGAGGGGGGAGGGGGAGGACAAAGGGAAGGCGCUGUUCCCCCCCAUCCCCCCUGAAGAUUGGGGGGCAUUCUGCCUGUUUUACUUCUCCACACCCGUUUAAGUCAAAGAGG